AUGCAGAAAAGCGUGCGCUACAACGAGGGCCACGCCCUGUACCUGGCCCUGGUGGCCCGCAAGGAGGGCGCCAAGCGCGGCCUGGUCAGCAAGCGGAGUUCCGAGAACGUCCGCUGGACAGACAAGUUCUUCGCGCUUUACCAGAACCUCCUCUUCUACUUCGACAACCAACACAGCGCCAGGCCGUCAGGGAUGUACCUGCUGGAGGGAUGCACCUGCGAACGGGCCCCCGCGCCCCCCAAGGUGGCCUCUUCGCUCGCCGGCGGGAGCGGCGGCGGCGGUGGCAGGGACGCCCCCGAAAAGGAGCAGCACUACUUCCUGGUGCUUUUCGGCCACGACGGUCAGAAGCCUCUGGAGCUUCGCACGGACGAGGAAGCUGACCGCAACGAGUGGGUGGACUGCAUACAGCAGGCCAGCUACUCGGACGUCCUGGCGGAGCGCGAGAUCCUGAUGCAGAAGUACAUUCACCUGGUGCAGAUCACGGAGACGGAGAAGAUCGCCGCCAAUCAGCUGCGCGCGCAGCUGGAGGAGCAGGACGGUGAGAUCGAGAGGCUGAAGGCCGAGAUCGUGCUGCUCAACAGGAGCAAGGAGCGAACUCUGGCCGGCAACAGCGUCCUGGAUGAGGAGGACCCUGACAUCAAGAAGAUCAAGAAGGUGCAGAGCUUCAUGCGCGGCUGGCUGUGCCGGAGGAAAUGGAAGCUGAUCGUGCAGGACUACAUCUGCUCGCCGCACGCCGAGAGCAUGCGCAAGCGCAACCACAUCGUCUUCAACAUGGUGGAGGCCGAGAGCGAGUACGUCAACCAGCUGUCCGUCCUGGUCAACUGCUUCCUGCGACCGCUGCGCAUGGCCGCCAGCUCCAAGAAACCGCCCGUCAGCCACCACGACGUCAGCAGCAUCUUCCUCAACAGCGAGACCAUCAUGUUCCUGCACCAGAUCUUCCACCAGGGCCUCAACGCUCGUAUGGCCAACUGGCCCACCCUCGUCCUCGCGGACCUGUUCGACAUCCUCCUGCCCAUGUUGAACAUCUACCAGGAGUUUGUGCGCAACCACCAGUACAGCCUUCAGGUUCUGGCCAACUGCAAGCAAAACCGCGACUUUGACAAGCUCCUCAAGCAGUACGAGGCCAACGCCGCCUGCGAGGGACGCAUGCUGGAGACCUUCCUCACCUACCCCAUGUUCCAGAUUCCCCGCUACAUCAUCACUCUUCACGAGCUGCUGGCUCACACGCCGCACGAACACGUGGAGAGAAACAGUUUACAUUUUGCCAAGUCCAAGCUGGAAGAACUGUCAAAGAUGAUGCACGACGAGGUGAGCGACACGGAGAACAUCCGCAAAAACCUGGCCAUCGAGAGGAUGAUCGUGGAGGGCUGCGACAUCCUGCUGGACACCAGCCAGACUUUUGUCCGACAAGGUUCACUCAUCCAGUUGCCGUCCGGCGGCGAGCGCGGGAUGCUGAGCAAAGUGCGUCUGGGCUCGCUGUCUCUGCGCAAGGAAGGCGAGCGCCAAUGCUUCCUCUUCACCAAACACUUCCUCAUCUGCACCAGGACGUCCGGAGGGAAGCUGCACUUGCUCAAGCAAGGCGGCGCCUUGUCACUGAUGGAGUGCACGCUGAUCGAGGAAGCGGACACGGGCGACGAGGACUCGGUGGCGGGGCAAGGCCUCGGGCACUUGGAGUUCAAAAUGUUUGUGGAGCCUCCCGACGGGCAGGCCUUCUCGGUGGUUCUGCUGGCUCCUUCGCGCCAGGAGAAGGCGGCCUGGACCAGCGACAUCAGCCAGUGCAUCGACAACAUCCGCUGCAACGGACUGAUGACCAGCGUCUUUGAGGAGAACUCCAAAGUGUCGGUGCCACACAUGAUCAAGUCAGACGCCCGGCUGCACAAGGACGACGUGGACAUCUGCUUCAGCAAGACGCUCAACUCCUGCAAAGUUCCACAGAUCCGCUACGCCAGCGUGGAGCGGCUGUUGGAGCGCCUGACCGACCUGCGCUUCCUCUCCAUCGACUUCCUCAACACCUUCCUGCACACCUACCGCAUCUUCACCAGCGCCGCCGUCGUCAUCCGCAAGCUGGCGCACAUAUACAGGCAGCCUUUCACGUCCAUACCCGUCAGGAUCGAGCAGCACUCGUGCGACCGUCUGUCCGUCAUGUCUUUGUGUCCCGACUACACUCUGAAGAUCACUCAACUUGCUCUGGAUCAGUCCAAGUCCCUGGAGCUGUUCUUCGCCGCCAAUCAAGGUUCGUGGGGCGCCGAUCCGCUGAACAACAAAUCACCGCGCCUGUGUCGCAAGUUCUCUUCGCCGCCACCGCUGUCGCUGCCGUCGCGCACGUCCUCACCUGUCCACGGCCGCAAAUUGUCCCUCAGCUCACCCGUGCACGGCCCCAAAGCGGCGGAUCCGUGGUCCGCCUCGUCCUCGCCGCCGCCGUACGGCGCCAGGACGCUCUUUGGGUUCUCUUCCUCGCCACCGCCGAUUGCCAAGGCCCCCCCGGAUUUCGGUCAGGGGCCCAGCUCGCCCGAACUCAGCCCGGGAGUCGAGGAUGGCGGGGAACUGCCUCGCAUCGACGCUUUUUGCGGGAAAAUCAGGAGAAGCAUCCGCAGGGCUGUACUGGAGACAGUGUCUUUGGACAAAUUUAUUCCAGAAUCGCCCUCCGUCCACAGCGGCAACAGCUCAGGGGACGUGUCACCGUGCCGCUCACCAUCCACACCUAGACAUCUGCGCUACCGCCCGGCAGGAGCGUCAUCGUCAGAGAACUCCCGCUGUGCCGUGUCGCCAGCGUCCGCCUUCGCCAUCGCCACUGCCGCCGCCGGGCACAGCGGCUCCCAGAGUAAGUUUACCUCACCGGACAAGUUGUGCGACAAAGAGUUCAUCAUCCGCAGGGCCGCCACCAACAGAGUUCUCAACGUGCUGCGACAUUGGGUCUCCAAACACUCGCAGGACUUUGAGAGCAACAGCGAGCUGAAGGUGGGCGUAGUCAGCCUCCUGGAGGAAGUUCUGCGAGAUCCUGACCUUCUGCCACAGGAAAGGAAAGCCACCACCAAUAUUCUCAGCGCUCUCUGCCAAGAAGAACAAGACGACGCUCAGCUGAAGAUCGAGGACAUUCUACAAAUGAAGAGUUGCCCGCUUCUUCACUUCAUUGCGGCGGAGAGCCCGAAAGCCGAGUGUUUGGAGUCUCUGUCCGCGAUGGAGUUGGCCGAGCAGAUCACCUUACUGGACCACAUUGUAUUUAGGAGCAUUCCUUACGAGGAGUUCCUUGGUCAAGGUUGGAUGAAGGUGGAUAAAACGGAGAAGACACCUUACAUUAUGAAAACCAGUCAGCACUUUAACAACAUGAGCAACCUGGUGGCCUCGCAGAUCAUGAGACACAGCGACGCAGGCUCUCGGGCCGGCGCCAUCGAGAAGUGGCUGGCGGUGGCCGACAUCUGCCGCUGCCUCAACAACUACAACGGCGUCCUGGAAAUCACCUCAGCGCUCAACCGAAGCGCCGUCUACCGUCUGAAGAAGACCUGGGCCAAAGUCUGCAAACAGACAAAAGCGUUGAUGGAUCGCCUGCAGAGGACGGUCUCGUCCGAGGGACGCUUCAAAAACCUCCGAGAGACCUUGAAAAAUUGCAACCCACCAUGCGUGCCAUACCUGGGCAUGUACCUGACCGAUCUGGCCUUCAUUGAGGAGGGCACGCCCAACUUCACUGAGGAAGGCCUGGUCAACUUCUCCAAGAUGAGGAUGAUCUGUCACAUCAUUCGUGAGAUCCGACAAUUCCAGCAAGCGCCCUACAGGAUCGAGCAUCAGGCCAAGGUCACCCACUUCCUGCUAGACAAGACACAAGUGAUGGAUGAAGACACGCUGUACGAGCUCUCCCUACAGAUCGAGCCGCGCCUCCCGCCGGGCUAA